AUGAAGUUUCUAAGAUGCAAAGAGAGAUCCUUGUCUUGCUACAAGAAACACCAAUUUUCAUUCAUUGCAAAUCAUAGAUUAUCCAAAAAAUACAUAAUUUACAAAGAGCAGCACGUAGCAUUAUCUGAUCACGUGAAAUUCACAACUGAGUCCUUUUCAAGCCUUGAUGUUGUGAACUCUAUUCAGCUUCUCGGUCCUGAAUAUGAACUCUUGAAGAAGAAGUAUCUGGAUGAAUCUUUUGAGCGAAAGAGACUUUACAAUGAAAUAAUAGAAAUUAAGGGUAAAGAUAUUGAGAGAAAAGGGAUAGUCAUAACUUCAAUCUUGCCUGAAGAUGUGGAUUCUGUAAUGCAGAAGAGCCUCAUGGAUGCUGCAGAUAAAUGUGUUUCAGUUGAUUUUGCUGUAUUUCAGCCGAAGUCAAGUCAUCUGAUUGAUUCGCGUGAAAACAUUAACAAUUUCCUUCGUUCAAUUUCUCAUCUUGAUAAUUGCUCAGUUCAGACCUACAUCACAAAUUUCAGAUCAUUCAAUGGCCUGGUUAAAAGAUCGGUGCAGUUUUUGAAAGAUGACAUGGACAAGCCCCUGGUAGCACGUCUCAUUUUCAAGGACAAACUUAUAGAUUCUGUGAACCAUAUAUUCUGCAACCUGCUUCCACCGGUCAAUCCAAUAACUAACUGCUUCAGUCAAUGCCAGACAUGCAGAUGCCAUGGCAUUCCUUUAGGGGAUGUUGAAAAAAAUUCAACAUGUUUUUCCUGUCCAGUCACUGGCUCCAACCUGGAAACGAUUGAUGUUAAUGAAAAUUCUAUUCUAGUUGGAAAAAAAACUAUUCUGUUUCUUCCCUUAUUCCAUAAUUCCCUGAAGCUUAUGCCAGUUUAUUCACGAAUCACCGUAACUGAUACUGAGAGGAUAAACUUAGCUUCUCUUGAUGAAGGUCUAAUAACGGGGGCUUCAUUUGUCGUGACUGCAUCUUCUUAUCAUGUGAUCGAAACCAAUUCCGAUGAUACUGAUCAGUCAUACAUGAAUGUUCAACUUUUUCAAGGCCUUUCUAGUGUUCUACAUUCAAUGGACCAGGGUUUGAUAUGUUCUUCAAAUUGUGAUUUAGAAACAAUGACAGAGGCUCCUUAUCAUUGUUACUACAUUCUGCAUCCAUCAGAUAAUGGACCAAUGCUUAUAAGGGGGCAGAAGAAGUCAAACAAGCUCCUGAUAACCGAUUAA